AUGUCUACCACCAACACCAGCACCUUCAUCCUGGCACAAUCAACUGACAACAUCCAGCCAGUCAUCACCACUGAAAAUGCCAAGUGGAUGGUCGAGGAGGCUGCCAGGGUUACAAUGCAGGCACUGAGAGGACUUUGGGGCUGGGAUGCUAAGCACUGGGGCAAAGUGGCUCAGCUUGUGUGGGCCCAGCUGGGAAUGGUCUGCAUGGUUGUUGAACAUCUACUCCCAGCAUUCAAGAUCCCUCUGCAUCUUAUUGCUAUCAAUAUGCACAUGGUUGACCUGGCAACAAUCUUUGCCAUGCAGAUGUGGCUGCCUUUCAACCAGAUGAUGAUGGCACAAGAGGCUGAUAUGAAGGAUCAUGCAUGGUAUUGCCUUCAUCACCAGCCUAAGUCUCACCCAUAUUACAAGGUCAUGGCAGAGUUUACCAGGCCUUUGUCAAGGGCCAAGCACGAGGACAGCCCAUGGAUAAGGGGAAGGGGAAAGAGUUGGGUACAGAUGAGGCUCAAGGGAUUCAGCUUCCAGACUGCUGAUACAGGAUCUGAAGAUGCACCCACAGACACUACAGCUAGGACCACUAUGGCAUUGGCACCAGGAUGGCAUUCAUGGCAUUGGUGCUGGGACAGCUUGACUGAUGGCCUCAUAGCAUUGGGGAUGUGCUGGAACUCAUUACAAUGGUGCUGUGACAGCCUGCAUGAUGGCCUCAUGGCAUUGGGGAUGUGCCAGAACAUAUGGCAUAGGUGCCAGGACAGCUUCCAUGGCAUUGGUGUUGUGCCAGAACACAUUACAGUGGUGCUGGGAUAGCUUGCAUGAUGGACUCAUGGCA